CAGUGUUCCAAAAUCAAGCGUGGAUGCUGCACGCGCCGUUCGCUCCGAACGCACCAAUGGGAGCUCGUUACAUAAUUUAAAAAUCGAACACUUACACUUAUCAUUACGUUCGUUUAUUUAUUAUUUUAGUUCCGCUCCGUUCGUUCUGUGAUCAGUGUCGUGUUAUUUUUAAUUUUCCCUUUUAUUUCUGAAUGCCAACGUAACUGAACCAUGGACAAGCCGACGUUGCACAUGCUGUCCGUCCAGGAGAAGGGCGGGCAGACGAAGAAAGCUCCCCAGUACAUCGCCGCUGUUGCUGCGGCCAUCGGCGCGGUGAUCGCCGGCACCAUCCUCGCUUGGACCUCCCCUGCGCUGCCACAGCUCCAACCCCCCAACCCCAACAGCACCAAGCUCCCUAACACCACCAUCAUCAAUGGCGUCGUCUACCCUGUGGUUGUAUCAGAAUUGCCGUUCAUCUACAUCAACAGAACCACUAAUGAGACUGUGAUGGUUAACUCCUUAUUCCAACCUGCGGAUUUGCUGUUGGAAACAGCUCAAAGUUCCCUGGUGUCCUCCAUCCUGGCUAUAGGCGCAGCCAUCUCUGCGUUGCCAGUAGGCGUGCUAGCUGAGAAGGUCGGACGUCGACCCACCAUUCUCAUACUAUCUGUGCCGUUCCUGCUGAACUGGUUGCUGACGAUCUUCGCUAAUGGUGCUGGUAUGCUGAUCGCUGCUAGGUUCUUCGCUGGUUUGGCCACUGGUGGUAUUUGCGUGGCCGCGCCCAUGUACAUCGGCGAGAUCGCCGAGACGUCCAUCAGAGGCGCUCUUGGCGCCUUCUUCCAGCUCUUCUUGACUGUUGGAAUACUGUUCACCUUCGUCGUUGGCGGCUGGACGCAUUGGAGAACUCUCUCCAUCAUCUCUGCUGUGCUACCUCCUCUACUCGUGGCUGUGUUUUGGUGGAUGCCAGAAACUCCUCAAUACCUGCUGAAGAAGAACAGGCGACGGGAUGCGGAGCGCUCGCUGCAGUGGCUGCGAGGACCCAACGCCGAUCUGACUGCUGAGCUAGAGGAUAUGCAGAAAGACGUAGACCAAGCUUCCCGUCAGCGCGCCGGCAUGCUCACCAUGGUGACCAACCGCACGUCGCGCAUGGCGCUCAUCUGCUCGCUUGGCCUCAUGUUCUUCCAGCAGUUCAGCGGCAUCAACGCCGUCAUAUUCUACACCAACCAGAUCUUCUCCGCCGCCGGCUCCGACAUCGACCCCGUCAUCGCGACCAUCAUCGUUGGCGUCGUCCAAACUAUAGCCACUUACGUCAGCUCUUUGCUUAUUGAAAAAGCUGGUAGACGGAUUUUACUCAUCCAAAGCUGCGUGAUCAUGGGACUAUGCUUGAUUAUUUUAGGUGUCUUCUUCAAGUUACAGCAGGAUAAAUAUGAUGUUACUGCUUUCGGGUGGAUCCCACUCCUCUGUCUCGUUUUAUUCAUUGUCUCUUUCUCGUUAGGCUUCGGUCCAAUUCCUUGGAUGAUGAUGGCGGAAUUGUUUGCUGUUGAAUUCCGAGGCACCGCUUCUGGUUUUGCCGUAAUUUUCAACUGGUGUUUGGUGUUCAUUGUGACUCUCUGCUUCCCGAUUAUGAUGGAGAUCAUUGGUAUCUACAGUUGCUUCUGGUUCUUUGCUGCUUUCAUGGUGAUUUGUGUGUUCUUCGUGUUCUUUUUAAUUCCGGAGACUAAAGGGAAGACUGUGUCGCAGAUUCAAGCUAUUUUGGGCGGUAGGAAAUAAUUUUUAAAUAUUGCUGGCAGUAUUUAUAGAGGUUUCGUGGUUUCAGAAUAAAAGGUUGUAAAAGAUUUGGAAUUAUUUAUUAAAUUCAAUUCAGUCAUUUAACAUUUUAUUCUCAAGGCUCGGAGUUUAGGUAUUUAUAAUAAUAAUAAAAUGUGUUCUUUACAAAACAUUAUAUGUAUGUAGUGGUCCUGCUGAUGAGAAUUGUAGAUUGGAAUUAAUUUAUUUGAAUUAGAUUUUAGAAACCAGACUGUUUGUAAGUUGAAUCAACUCUGUGUACAGUCGCAUCAGAUACCUAAUAUCGGAGCGGCCAGAGCAGCUCAAAAAUAUCUGAACACGCACUCUAAUGCCUUGACAAUAGAGGCGUGUUCAGAUAUUUGUGAGCGCCUCGGCCGCUCUGAUAUAUCUGAUGGCGACUGUACAUACAUUGUUGAUGAUUAGUUAAAUUAAUAAUCACAUUUUCAAGUAGAAUAUUAGCACUAGGUACUAUGACACCAAAAUCUUUUUCAUUAAUCAUAAAUGAAACAUUUCGAAAUGUGCACUUAUUAUUCGAUUAGUUGUUAUUUAAAAUGUGUAUGCAAGUAGGAAAGGGCAUACAAUUAAAAAAAUAUUUAUACCUAGUAUUACCAGGUAGUGUAUGAAUUUUCAUCUAUCACUUCACUGAUCGUUCUACGACCAACCACUUUUUGAGUAGACUGAUGUAAAAAUAUUAAAGGAAAAUAUCGUCAGGUGACAAGCAAAACUCACUAAUUACCACCGCAAGGUUAUAGCCAUAAUGAACCAUAUUGGUACUCAAAUAUGGUUGAGUUUUGUUUAAUUAUUUUUUAGUAAUUAGUGAGUUUUGCUUGUCACCUGAUGAUAUAAAAAGAUGCAUUGCUUCGAGCAAGAUUCGAAAUCGUGAAUUUUAGAACACCAAAACAAAAUCCCCGCCAGCGGGCGAAUCAAUUUAAAACAAAUAAGAAGAAGAAUGAGUGUAGAUUCUAGUUGUUUGUAUUUAUUUACUUGUAACGCCACUAGCAUUUCUACCAGAACCCUAUUUUACAGUGAAGUUUAUCAUCUGACACUGGCAAUUCUGUAUUUUCUGAAUCAACAAGAAACUCUAGUGCAGUCAGCAUGAAAUACAUGAGAUGUAUCCUUAAACCUUUUGAACGUGAGCUGCCGCUCCGUUGGGCGUUUGAAAAACAGUAGCCACUGAAACACGUAUUUAUAUUUGGAAAUUUUGGCUGUCACUAGGAUAGGUUAGUUAAUAGUAGUAUUUUUCCACAAAAGAACUGAAAAAAUCAUGACUAUAGUCAUAUUUUUUGUUGUUUUUGUGGAAAAAUACUGCUUUCUCAGUAGCAAAUGACACUUACCUAGGUGAAAUAGGAGACAAACCACCUUUUAGUAUAAUAUAAUUAUAUAUGUAUACGAGUAUUUUGACGUGUUGUGAUACUCAGAUUACGGAUGAAUGAGGGUAGUUAGAAGACUGGAAGAUUUUUAUAUUGUUGAGCAAUUGCAUGUUUACGCUUAGGUUAGGUUACAGCACAAUGAACAACACCUAAAGGUUAUAUUCCGAUUCAGACUGCACCAGACUGCUGCAGCUGUAGUGUUGCGCAGCUUUGCAUCACUGCAGGAUAUGUCAAAAUCAAUGUGAUGCUUGGAAUAUUGACACUUCUUGUAGCAAUGCUGCACACUAAAACUGCAGCAGUGUAAAACCGGUACAGUUGAAAUUGGAAUGGAACCUUUAUAUUUUACGUAUAAAACAAGAUCAAUUUUAUUAUAUGACCCAAUGUACUUAUUUUAGAUAUUUAUGAUGUGCCAAAUGUGUUGAGCUUUAGUUAGUUUUAUAUAAGUGUGUGUAUAAUGUGUAAAAUAAUAAUGUAAUUAACUUGAUAUUAAUUUUGUUAAUAAUACGUAAUAAAUUGCAAUUUUAUAUUAAAA